AUAAAUUUCAUGUAAACAAAUAAAAUACAAAUAUAAAUAGUUAGUGUAUCGAUGAGACAAAUCGUUACAUUUCCCCUGCUGUAAUCGAUUAAUAAUAAUGACGUAGGCCUCCUAACAUACGAGGUCACUCGGGGACAUUUCUCUUCGCUCUCCUAUUGGCUGCCCCCACCGAACCUACGACACCACAAACUCUCCCCCCUGAUUGGUCAGAUUUCAACUCGCGGAAAAUGAACUCGCGCUGUGAUUGGUCCAUCCGACUGUCUGGUUGUGGGAGUCGUAUGAACGGAUACAUCUACGAGUCCCCGUAGGGCGCCGUCCGGCAUGUCUUGUUUACGGUGAGGUCGGAAUACCGCCCCGUUGUCCAGCUAAUCGUUUCUGAAAGCCGUUGAACGUUGGUGGGGAUAUGACAGCUCCCGGCUACGGCUAUUGCCUGGUACAGAAACUAUGUUACACACUGUGUGAAUAUCGGCGCCAGCCAGAAACCACGCAGUGUUAACACUAAAGCGGAAUAAACCCUCAUCCCAGGGAUCAGAAAAAGAAGGACAGACAAGGAGAGAAAGAGAGAGCAAGGGGAUGUUGACUUAUCCCUCUGACCCACUCCCUCAGAUAGUUUGUCCAAUGGAUGAAGAUGCUAUUCCCCCAAACCGUUUCUAUAGUGUACCUCCCCACAGUGAACCUCCACCACCUCUCCUUCCCCUUUACUCCAUCACUCCCAGCUGUGUGAAUGAUGGAAUAUCUGCACACAGAAGGAGUGGUCGCAUUCAAGGCAUCCGAGGACAAACGCCUAAAAAGCAAAGCAAUACAGACAUCGGAGCGGUUCAGAAACCAUCCAGACAGAAUCCGUCCCCUUCAAAGACUAAAAGGGCGAGUGGGAGCAUGGUACAAGUGUCAGAGUCGAAGCAGCCAAGAGUUGAAAGCACACACGAGACACAAAAUGAGGAUGGAUUUGAGUUUAGUUUUGCGGCAGAGCGCCAAAAUAGGCAAACGGACCAGAAAAGCCCACCGAAAAGACCGAGCGUCUAUGCUGCUGAAAAUGUAGCUGAACAGUUUUCUGACAAAACCGCAGAGAAUCUCGACACCAUGAAAUCUGACAUGGAUACAUGCGGGGGAUUGGCUGUUGGGCACACUGUUGAGAGUGCAUCUGCCCCGAAGGGAUGGGUGAUCGGCCCCUUGUUUCAGUCGCUCAAGUCGAAGAUGGCCAGCUUCACAGAGAUUGUCAUGAGUCCUGUUAAACUCUUCAGAGCUAAUAGUCCUCCACCUUCCAUGGAGCAACCGUACAAACUCAAUGAGUGUGAGCUGCAGGCCGAUGGAACGUCUGAUGUUGAGAGCUCAGAACCAAACGAUAGGUUUAAUUCAGAGGAACAAAUUGAGAAUGGGAAUCGGAACGCUGAAGCUAAUCAACAGAGCCUCAGUGAAUUAGAGGAUGUACAAAAUUCAAAAACUGUUUCUAUUAAGUAUUCUAAAAAAUUAUCGUUUGACGGGGAGUUGUCACCACACGGCUCCGAGCAGGCAGAUGAAUGUGCAAUAACUCAGAAAGAAACAAACAUACCUGAUUCGGUGCCUUUUCAAUACAGCCCCUUACCCUGCAUUGUUUCCGAGAAGGUUUCAGAAUCUGGGGAAUCCAUUUUUAGGUCCUCUAUACUGUUACAGCCCUCUGUCAAUGCAAGUGCCUCACAUGAAUCCACGUUAAAGAUAUCCAGGGCUGUCGAGAAGCAGAAAGGCAAACUGGCUGCCCGGCUGAAACCACUACCUAGGAGGUGUACAGGGAAUAGAAAGAAAGUUACCUCUGUGACUUUAACAUCUGAGGUCAGAAAGGAAGACUCUGACCCAGUGGUCAUUGAUGAGCAGGUUUCUCGCAUGAAUUCAGUCCAAUCACACAAAGCUGACUCAGGUGAUACUGACAAAACACCGCCAUCUUCCUCAGUCUGUUCUGCGCAGCCUGACACCGACUGUCCACAGUGGGAUGGUGAUGACGACGGCAGAAAAAGAGAAAGUUGCGACUUGGUUUGCCAAAGCCUCCAGACUAAAUUAAAUGACAGUACUAAUGGACAGACACUGAAUCCUACUUUGGAUUCUCAGCAGCUGGAUCGUCAGCUAAACCCUGAAACUUAUUCAGCUGGGAGAGCAAAGAGGGAGCUCAAACUGGAUUGUCAUUUCCAAGACUUUGUGAAGAGGAAAAGACUGACGGCAGAUAAAUGUACAAAGGAUACAAAAAAACGAGAGUUCUUAAAUGUGGAUUCAGAUGGUGGCGUAUUGAGAGAACUUAGACCACUGAGAAAGGAAGUUGUGUUGACAAAUAGCAUUGUAGACGAGGAAGAAACACUGAGACCAGCUAGAAAAAGACCUGCUGUUUCAACAAGAGCAAAUAAGAAAGGAGCAGGUGGACAAGAAAUGCUUGCUAUGAUAAAUGAAGCAGUGAUGAGCACACAGACUGAAAGUUCCUCUGAUGCGAUGUUGGUUUGCUCACUGGAGAAUAGCAGUGUUGUGUCAGAGAACUACCGAAAGAGCAGCAGCAGCAGCAAGGUGAAGCCCAGUGGUUCAUGCAAAAGACUGAAGACGAGAACAGGUCUCGCUAAACCUGAUGUAAUCAUCGAUAACAGUAUGGACCUGGAAACCACCAUUGCAAUCACCUCUACGAAACAAGCCGAGCAGGAACCGUUAUCAGAAGUCCCCGUCCACUCUGACAUAAACCAGCUCCAGAGCACAAGAAAGUGCAGGACUACAAACAAGAAACCACUAAAACGGAAAUCGUCAAACCAAGUGAGUGCAGCUACAGAAUCAGACAGCACUGUGGUUUCUACCUCAUCAGCAUUAUCAGUGGAGCCAUUAGAAGUCGCACCCACAGAUUGUCAUACCUCUCCGAAUGAUCAGAAAGAGGAGGGCGGGAAAACGGAGCUGAACCAAACGUCCAAGAGACCCAAGAAGGGUUGUAGAGGUGCUGUUAAAUCAUCUGCGUCAGGUGGAAGUCAAGAGACAAAGCAGUGUGCCCAUAACCUUCAUUUAAUAACCAAAGAAAAGCAAUCUCAAGAAGGCAAACUCUCAAUGGACCCUGUAUAUUUUGAAAUGACACCUUUUGAAAGUAAUCACCAACCCGGUCCUUCAACCUCCCAACCUCAUUCAGACUGUUCUGUACAAUUAAAUAAUGUAGUCGAGGAUGUGGAUGAAAAGGCUACCGUUCCCGUGGCAGAUGAGGUAUUUGCCCCUGACGCUGACGCCAGUAACCACAGCAGCAUCGGCGUCUCCAGGCUGAGGUCUAGUGCAAGAAGGGUUAAGCCAAGGAGAACGGAUAACCAAAGGAGAAAAUGCAGGGUUUUGCAUAGGAUGACACGUAAAGGUGAAGAGAUGACAAACUCCGUCACCAUGGACGAUGCGGACCUGGCUACGGCAGCUACGCGCUCAUCAGGAAAGGGCUUGUCGUUGCGGCUGUUACGCAGCUACUCUUGCCCAGAGAUCCCCUCCCUCCGUGCCCUUGACACGCCCUGGACUCCCCUGCACUCACCUCAUCCCAGCAGGAGUCACACACCACACCAGCAUCAGUCGUCCCACACUCCUUUUGUCCAUCAUACCCACAAAUCCUUGCGGCGGGCUCGUCGACACACAGUCUGCAGUGUCGAAGUGGAGCGGGAGAUUGCCCCUCUCUGUCUCCGUAAGGAGGUGUACCCGUCCAGAAGAUCCCUCCCGUAUGACGGCGUUACCCAGAACAUGUCUCCCAGCACUUCCCUCUCAGCUCUUGCUUCCUGCUUCCUUUCAAGUCCCCUGGCUUUCCUCUCGAAGAAAGUUGACAGCAGAGGAGGAGCUGCUGCCAGCCCCGGCACCUCCAGUUAUGUUUCCUCUCCCACCUCCUCUUCUUCUACAUACCCAUUGAGCCCCUCCACAUGGCGCCUUUCAGGAUUCCUCCAAAGAGCUGACUCCUCCAGCGCUACCUUGGACUCUAGUAGCAGUGGGAUUCCCUUGGAGUGUGAGAGAAGACAGCAGAGUGAAGAGGAGGAUGACGGCGAGGACACAAGCUCAUCAAGUCAGGAGUUUGAAGAUGUAGGAAUGAGAGAAGAAAAGGCUUUGUCUGAUUCUGAAAUCAAGGUGGUGCAAAAGCACGAGGAACGAGGGAAAGUGUCGUCUAUAAGGAUUCGGAAAACAUUACCCAAACCUCAGAACAAUCUGACGCCCAUGGGCCUGCCCAAACCCGUCAGGCUGAAAAAGAAGGAGUUUAGUUUGGAAGAAAUUUACACCAAUAAGAAUUUCAGCAAACCCCCUGAAAGCCGGCUGGAGACCAUAUUCGAGGUGCCUCUCAAUCGGCGGAAUGGUUCUGAGUCCUGGUUUGGCCAGAGGCGCGUCAAACGAUUUUUGGAGUUCCUCGAGGUCGGCGAGGCCAGAAAACCAAAGAAGCCACUUGUUGGUGUCGGAAAGGCGGGUAUUUCAUCUUCCAGGACAAGACGAGGGGGCUUCCCUAAAGACGAACCGUCCCUCAGCGUGCAGGACUUGGACUCGAUUCUGUGUGCCAAGCUGGACCAGCUCAACUUGUGGUUGAUACACGAUCAGAAAGACAGUUGUCAGGUGCCUCUUACAUGUUGAUUGUUUGGCAGCCAUUAAAAAAAAUAAUAAUAAUAACACUGCACGAGAUAAUGCUGUUUAUAUGACUAUUUCUAAUGUGUUUUCAACAUGAAGAUUCACAUAUGAGUCUUCCAGCUCUUUUUGUUUUUUUUGUCAGCACAAUCAGUGUAAAAAUUAAUUGUGGUGACAAGUUGUUAUUGAAGAAUUACAUUUUCAUUCUGUAGCACUUGCAAGUUGAAGAACAACCGAUCAUAGCACCAUAAAUGUAUUGCCUCAUAGACGUUGGUUAUAGUGGUUAAACGCAUUAUACAGUAAGUCGCUUUUUUGCUGCCCAUUACUGCACUCAAACUUCUGCCGUCCAUUAUUCCCCCCCAGUUACUUUCCAUCUGUGAAACGGUCUCAAAAACACAAGUUGACGUCCUUGAUUGAAGCUCUUGUACAGCAUCAAAGCAUUUUCUGGUAUAUCCUCAGUUUCUUUUAAACCUCAGACUUACCCAGAGUGUUAUAAAUCUGCACAACUCCCCUGGGUGCUGUUUAUUUGCAACUGUUCAAAAAUGAUAAUGCAGAAUACUUCAGAUUUAUUUUGUACUGUCUCGUCUGAAAGAAAGCAUUUAAUUUCUUCUUUUUUUUUUUUUAUAUACAUACAUAAGUGGUAGUGAUCUUGCAGCGUCAUUCUAAGUUAUUUUAUAAAGGCAGCUACUGUUCAUUAAAUGCUGAAUAUAACUUGUAAACAUGCCAGCAAGAGAUUUGUAUUCGCUGCGACCGAUUUCACAACCAAGUUUCUGUCCACAAAUUUUAUGUACAGUCAAAACGUGGCUCAGCUCAGGGCAGACCCUGUUCGAUUAUUCAUUUAUUUGUGUUUGUAAAGUUAUGGCUUUUUUUUGGGGGGGGUUUGUAUAAAAAUAUAAUUUAGAAACAAUACGGCACUCCAGAGAGCAUUUCAAAUUCAGAGUGGAAGUGUCCAGAUUCCACUGCUAGUUGGCUUUUUGAUGCCUGUGGUUCUCUCUGGAUUAUUCUUCUGGACUUCUUGAUAAAACUGUAUUAUAUUUUUGGGGGGGUUGCCAAUUUUUUUAUGAGGUUGCCUUAAGUGUAAAAUGUCAUGUGAAGGUAGAUGUUUUGUAGGUGUAUUUGUAAUGGUCGCUGUUUUUAUGUCAAGAUGCUUCAAGCAGCUCAGAGCACACAAAGUUUCUGUCGUUUUAUUAUGAAAUAAUAAAAUAAUAAAAAUGUAUUAUUAUUUA